AUGCACCCAGCAACUGGACUGACGAGCCUCCUGCACCGACGGAACCAAACGAUGAUCUCGGUCGCCGGUGCUUUUGGAACCGGCCUGAUUAUCUCUUCUGGCACAGCACUCCUUCGUGGCGGUCCUGCGUCACUGCUGAUCGCCUAUGUGCUUAUGGGGGCCAACGUAUACAUCGUCAUGACCGCACUGGCAGAAAUGGCUACCUACGCGAAGAUGGACAAAGGGUUCCCGGGCUAUGCAACAAGAUUCGCAGACCCGGCUCUGGGUUUCGCAACGGGCUACAAUUACUUCUGCAAGUACGUUGUCGUUCUCGCCAACAACCUCACAGCCGCAGGCAUCAUCAUCCAGUACUGGCGCCCAGAGCUCAACGUCGGUAUCUGGAUCACCAUCUUUGCGUUCCCGGUGAUCAUCAUCAACCUCUUCCAUGUCCGUGUCUUUGGAGAGAGCCAGUACAUUGCUGGCGUGGUCAAGCUGGUAGUCAUGACCAUGCUUAUCAUCUCCUGUCUUGUGGCAUCUCUCAAGCCCGUCAAAGGCCGCGGCAUGGUCGGUUUCCGCUAUUGGAAGGACCCAGGAUCUUUCGGCGAGUACCUUGCGCACGGCGUUCUCGGACGUUUUCUUGGAUUUUGGGCCGCGUUCGUCCAGGCUGGCUUUGCUUACAUCGGGACCGAGGUCUCAUUCAAAAGCAAGUGCUGGUAUGUUCACUGGAAGGAUAAUGGUUGGCGGUUGCUGAAUUACUCUUGUGACCUAGCCGCUUCUCCGUUUGUCAUCGCUGUCAAACUUGCCGGAUUCGAGUGCCGCAUGCUCCGUGCUCGCUUCCUCCCCAGACUUAGCUGA